UGAGCUGUUCUGGGGUCAACACCGGCAGCCUGCAUGUGUCAGAUAGGAGCGGAUGGCGCCUCCUGCUGGCAGCAUAAAGAACCUCCACAGCGGCUUGUCACCGAUUAUUCAGCUCGAUCCCAGCUUCUCCUCACACCGCAGGACGCUGCGCAUGUAGCAGGUCUGUCUCACAGCAGCGCCAUGGCUGAUAUCUGUCAGUUCCCCGUUUACUUUGAGUGUCACCAGCUUGACAGAAAACAGGAGAAGAGAGUAGAAAUGUAUUUCCGUAAUCGACGCAAAUCAGGCGGCGGUGAUUGCGGAGCGCUGAGCAGAGUGGAGGAGAAGAUCUACAGGAUAGCUUUCAGAGAUCAUGAAGUUCAGCAGGCAGUCCUUAAGAGAUCAGAGCAUGUCGUGGAGCUUCAAGAUGGACAUCUGGAGCUCACUGUACGAGGCAGCUUGGAUGCUCACGCCUCCUUCAAUGACAGUACACCCGAUGCUCCAGCAGAGAGCCCUCAGUCGACGCCUGCCUCAACUCCUCUGCCAAGCGGUGAAGAAUGUGAACUCCAAGUUGACAAUGAUCCCCUUCAUAACUUGGAAUGUCCCAAAGCUGAGAAAGAACGUGAGGACGAGCUCGCCUCUGUGGCCUGCUCUGCUCAGCUUUAUCCAGAGGAGGGCAGGGCUUUAUUCAGGAGGUCAACUCAGCCCGGUGAUGUAGAUGAAGAUAGUGACUGGAAACUUGAAGAAGACAAAAAUUAUGAUGGAACGCAGGGCCACUAUGAGAUGGAGUCUCACAGCUUUGAUCAGACCACAGAUGAGGUGGAAGCAUACUGUGAAGUUGAGGAUGAAGGUUACAAGUCAAGUGGGAUUUUGGCCUCUUUGAGUGAAACAGCCACCACUGUUGCGAGCUACAGCCUUCAGGACGGACUCCAGGUGCUGGUGUGUGAAGGGGACAUCACCAAACAGAACCUUGAUGCCCUGGUGAACGCCGCCAACGAGGAUCUGGACCACCAUGGAGGUGUCGCUGCUGCACUGAGCAAAGCAGGUGGUCCUGAAGUGCAGAAGGAGAGCAGUACCUUAGUAAAGUACAUGGGCAAAAUCCCCACAGGUGAUGUUGUAGUGACCACUGGGGGCAACUUAAAUUGCAAAACACUUCUGCACGCUGUUGGGCCUGUGGGUGGAAAAGCAGGUGGCAGGGAGAAGAUCCUACUGGAGCAAACCAUCCAGAAGGCUCUGAAUUUAUCAGAAAUGAUGGAGUUCCAGUCCAUAGCUAUUCCUUGCAUCAGCUCAGGUGUGUUUGGCGUUCCUGUCACUGUGUGCUGUGAGGCUAUUGUAACUGCUGUUAGGAAGUUUGGUAGUCAGGGAGGGCGAAGUCUGAGCAAGAUAAUCCUGAUUGAUAAGAGAGGAGAGGUGGUGAGGGCCAUGAAGGAAGCAUGUGACAGGCUUCUCCAAGGGAUGAGUAGCAGAAACAGCACUGGACUGGACGUGGAGGUCCAGAUGGACGCUGCUGGUCAAGACUCAGCAGCAGGAGCCACAGCUGGAGCUCCUGGAGGCAGCGUCCAUGUAGAGAUCCUUCAGGGAACCAUCGAGACCCAGCAGGUGGAUGUCCUCGUAUGUCCCAUGGUCGGCCAUGAUCCUCUCUCCACCCGUGUUGGAAACAUUUUGCACAAAACGUUUGGUUCUAAGCUGACUGCACGGUUUAGAGAAGAAGCAGGGCAUGAAACGUUGCCGAGUGAUGCAGUACUGGUGGAGGGUUUGCCUGGACAUCUUUCCAAUGCGGUGUUCUUCCUCAGUCUUGCUCCUUGGGAUGAUGACCAAGACGGAACCGCAGUUGAGAUUCUUAGAGCGGGCAUCAACAACAUCCUGACUUCAUGUGAGGACAGAGGCUUCGGUUCUGUUGCUUUUCCUGCUCUUGGGGUUGGGAUUGCCCUGUGUUUUCCUCCCAGCGUGGUAGCUAAAGUUUUACUGGAGCAAAUCCAUGAAUUUGAACAGGACCGAGCCAGCAGCACACCACUCCUGGUCCGCAUCGUCAUCUACCCCACUGAUAAAGAGUCUAGUGAGGCCUUCAAGUCUGCCCAGGAAGCUUUGAAAUGCAAAGAAUUCACUGAAGACGUUCAACAAAAGGCCCAAGAUCAAGCGUCCACCACAAAGAGAAUCGUCCUGCUGGGAAAAACCGGAUCUGGGAAGAGCCACCUGGCCAACACUAUAUUUGGAGAGAAUCUCUUUGGUGUAUAUCAUACUCCCAACUCUGGAACAGGUCAAUGUCAAGCAGAAACUAAAGAUGUCAACGACAGAAGCAUCACUUUGAUCGACACCCCUGGUUUCUUUGACACGGGGAAGCCUGAGGAGAAAUUGAAGGAUGAGAUAGUGAGGUGUAUCACUGAGUGCGCUCCUGGGCCUCACGCUUUCCUCAUCGUGCUUAAAGUGGAGAAAUUCUCCGAGCACGAGCAGGCUGUCAUCUCUAAAAUACGCCAGUAUUUCUCAGAUGACGCUUUAAAUUACGCUGUGAUUGUCUUCACUCACGGCAACCAGCUCCCCAAAGGGACGAAAAUCGAAGAGUUUGUGAGUCAAAAUGAGAACCUGAGUGAUCUGGUGAAGAAGUGCGGCGGCCGGUGCCACGUCUUCGACAACAAACACUGGAACAACAAGCAGCAGAACAACUACAGGAGCAACCAGUUCCAGGUGGAAGAGUUACUCUGCACGAUAGAUGAGAUGGUGGCGGAAAAAAACGGAGGGUACUACACGAAUAAAAUGCUGCAAGACGUGGAGGAAGAAAUACAGAAACAUGAAGAGCACUUGAGACAAAAACUGGGAGACCUGCCACCAGAGGAGAUCACAAAAAAAGCCAAAAAUGAAGUGUAUAAGAGAUUUUUGAUCCAGCUGGCGGGGGUUGGAACGGGAGUUUUGUUGGGAGCUUUUUGUGGCGUUGUAGCAAUGGUUGGAGUAAUUAUCAUGGCGAUGAAAAACAGAGAGUUAAUGACAAUUCUAAGAAGAGUUCCAGCACUGGCAGGAGUACCUGCAGCGGCAGCAGCAGGAGGGGGAGGAGAGGUGGCUGUAGUAGCUGGUGCAGCAGUGGGGGGUGUAGUGGCUGUAACAGCAGGGGUAAUGGGAGGCAUCAUUGGAGGUCAAGCAGCUGAGGGAGCAGCGACGCCAUUGGAGGCUGCAGAGAGGGCGUUCGAGGCUGUCCGGGAUAAAGGGAGAUCUACUUUUAAGCAGCUGAAUGUCCCUCUCCGGUGAAAGUCUGCAGGUUUACCUAUUUACUAUAUUUAUAUGGAGCUUUCAAUAUGGAAGUGAAAGAAGCAAAAGCACAGAUUCAGACUCAUAGGGUUUCAUAUGUAGCAAAUCUGAGGAGCCAAUCCUGUUAUAUUGCAGUAAUCAUUCUAUCAUCUUCCUCAGAAUUCCAAUUUAACCCUUGUGUAGUCCUGCGGGUCAAAAUGGACCCUUUUAAAGUUUGAAAAUGUGGGGGAAAAAAAAAUAUUUUCAUAGUGAAACUUCUGAUGUCCACAUUUUCAACAUUUUUGGGAAAUCUUUGAACAUUUUCUGGUGGAAAAAAAGAAAUGUUAAAAAUGUUUCUUAAGAACAUUCACAAAAAAAAUCUACCAAAAUCCAGCGAAUUUUGCUGGAUUUUGGUUGAUUUUUUUGUGAAUGUUUGCAAGAAAUAUAAUAGAAGUUUUACUGAUAUAUAUAUAUAUAUGUGUGUGUGUGUGUGUGUGUGUGUGUGUGUGUGUGUGUGUGUGUGUGUGUGUGUGUGUGUGUGUGUAAUCACUUUAGAUAUUUUUAGGAUUUUUUUUGUAAGAUUUUUACUCAUUUAUUGGAAAAUAUGUACUCGAAUUUUCUUGCCAGAUUUGGGGGAUUUUCUUUUUUUAAAUAAAACUUUUAAGGGAAACUUUUAGGGAAUUAUUGGAAUUUUCUUCUUGAAGGUUUUGCAAAUUUUCAGAAAUUUGGGGAAUUUUUUUGCAGAAUUUUUGGAUUUUUUUUUCAGACAAGGAAACGAGAAGUUUUAUAUCUGUGCAGAAUCACAGGUGAGCUGGUGUGCUGGAGCUGCAGUCAGUAGGCAUAGUGUGUGAAAUGAGGAGGCAACGGUGUAGAGUUACAUCUAAGCCAUUCUCAGGUGGGAAGAGUUUAAUUUACUCUUAUUUAACAUAUAGAUAAGUUUUUGGUGGUCUAAUAAACAACUGGAGAGAGGCUUUAAAUUCUAACUGUUUAAAUUAUACUGUAAAACACUGAGAUAAUGCACAUAAACUUAAUUUUGCACCUUAUUAUAUCAUUGCCUUUUGAUGUUGUUACUAUCUGCAUAUCUAACUUUCAUUUAGAGUUAUGUUUGUGGACAUCUGGUGAAGGUUUAUCCAACAUUUUCUUUGCUUUCAGUUCCGUUUUUGUGCUGGGAGAUGCAAAAAUGCACUAUUCAGCUGCUGCUAGGCUCAUGAUUUGUGAGCCACAGAACCAAAAAAGUGAGCAGAAAGUGACUUAAAAGGCUCAAAAAGCUCUGUAGGCGACGUGCAAUGCAGGGUAUUUGGUACAAGUGUGACUAAAGGGGUGAUUGUUUGACUCAAAAUGAGAACACUAGUGGCUCGGAGGAGGGAAAUGUUCAUUGUAAAAUAUCUCAUCUCUUAGUAUUUCUUAUUUGUAAAUUAUGUAGAAAUCAUAACAGUUGGGCGAAUGCUGAUUAAAUAUAUUUAUGUGUUGAUUUUGUGUUUUUUCACUCUCUUUAUGUGCACCUUUUGGAAAAUAAAAUCAUUAAAUUCUC